CUACAAGCGUUUACCAGCUCAGAACUGCAAGAUGACCGCACUCGUGAACAACCUCAUUCUCGCCUUGGCCGGCAGUUUACUGCUGGUGAGCUAUGCCGCAGCAGAUCAGAAGAAACCUGACGAAAAGGUGAUGCCGAUCGACGGAGCGGAGUCAUUGGGCAUUAAGCCACUCGAUCAGAUGUUCGGUGAGUUGGAAGGAUUCCGCAUGCGACGGGCUGCACCAGCUUUCGAUGGAGUACGUGAACGCCGUGCCGCUCAGCAGGGACAGGAUGGCAAUGGACGAGGUGGUGGCCAAGGUGACGGUCAAGGUGGACAGGGUGGACAGGGAGGCCAACGUGGACCUCCGAACGGCCAGGGACAAGGCAAUGGACAGGGAGGCCAAAACAGUGGUGGAAAUUAGAUGCACAGUCGCAGCAUAACCAGCCGCAGUGCCAAUCUCAGGGCACCGUGCAAUGAAAUAUAAAUCGACCAAAUAAGUGUGAAGCAUCAUUUCGGAGAUCUUGUUUUCGUUCAAUGGCAUCUACAAAAGACCUAAUUGGUUUUAAAUAGAAAAAAAUCUACAACGGUCUUACCAUUUUUAUUCCAUCAACCGCGAACUCGCCUCACACUUUUGGACGCGUGUGGUUCAGUUUUGUUUCCUCUUAAAACUAUCGAAAUUGUUUCGAAAAUCGAUAAAUCUACACACAGCUCGGUACAAUUUAAAAUUUAGCUUUUAUCCUUCGUUCUACUGUUUCUUUCUUUUGGAAUGUGAAAUUGGGUCGAAAAACAGAAAGUAUAAACUUUAUAAGUUAAUAAAUACCAUUUU